AUGGACCUCAGCGACCCCAAACUGCUUGCUGCAGCGGCACAAUUGACUGGAAUUGACCUCCAACAACUUCCAUCCGAUGAAAACAGACCUCUGGACCCCUCGGAAGAGUACGAUCUUUGGAAAUCCAAUGUGCCGAUGAUGUACGAUUUCGUGAGUGAAACGAGGCUCGUUUGGCCCUCAUUAACGGUGCAAUGGCUACCUCAUUCCGCACCAAACCCAGUAACAAGACAAGAGUUGAUUUUAGGGACACACACUUCGGAUGAGGAGCAAAACUACUUGAAAAUUGCCGUUGUAGACCUGCCUACUGAAGUCACAGACACUUCCAACCUCACAGAAAGCGACGAAGAGCAAGUGAGGUCUAAUAUCAGAGUUACACGGAAGUUUAAGCACGAUUCUGAAGUUACCAGAGCGCGCUACAUGCCUCAAGAUCCUAACAUUUUAGCCACUAUUAGCGGUACAGGGACCGUCUAUAUUUAUGAUAGGUCAAACGAACGUGACACCGCUUCAAUCACAUUACAAUAUCACACGGACAAUGGAUAUGGACUUGCAUUCAAUCCUUUGAUCAAGGGUCACCUAUUGAGUGGGUCGGAUGACUCUAAUGUAGCCCUAUGGGACGUCACCUCUGAUCGCAAUGAACCUGUUCAAAAAUGGGAAAACAUCCACUCAGACAUAGUUAAUGACUGUCAAUGGCACAAUUUCCAAAAGUCGCUAUUUGGUACCGUAUCAGAAGACAGUUCACUACAAAUUCAUGAUACGAGGGAAUCAAAACCUGUUGCUACCAUAAAUGGAACGAAACCGUUCAAUACAUUAUCCUUUUCUCAUCAUUCGGAGAAUUUGCUGGCGACCGGUGGCGUUAAUUCUGAGGUAUAUCUAUAUGAUAGGAGAUACGUAGAAGAACCAUUGCAUCUAAUGAGUGGGCAUACGGAUGCCGUUACAAGUCUAGACUUUUCGUCUCAAGACGAUGGAAUCAUACUUUCUGCAGGUGCUGAUAAACGUGUUAUUAUUUGGGAUAUCAAUGACAUCGGCGCCGAACAAGUAUUGGAAGAUGCCGAAGAUGCCACUUCAGAAGUCAUGAUGAUCCACGCCGGGCACAGGAGUCCUAUAAACGAUUUCGCUAUUAAUCCAUCUAUCCCAUGGCUCGUAGCCAGCGCAGAGGAGGAAAAUAUUGUCCAAUUAUGGAAAUGUUCGCACAAGCUACCCAGAAUAUCAGGUACACCACCUGUAAGGGUUGAUAUGUUACAAUGA